GUACACUGUGUUAUGAAUAUGAGAUGAGCUGAUGAUUAGACGAAAUGAGGAAUUUCCAGCUGUUGUUUUGACUCAAUUCAACUUGUUAGUUCAGUAACAAACAAAUAAUCAACCCUUUUCAUUUUCAGACCUUUGGCUACAGCUAAGAUGGGUGAUUCUGGAAAAGCAUAUUAUGGAGGAAUAGAAGGAGGGGCCACCCACUCAAAGAUGGUGAUUAUGGAUGAAACUGGAUCCAUACUAGCUUGGAGUGAAGAACAGAGUACCAAUCACUGGUUGAUAGGUAUCAACCUGUGUCUGGAAAGAAUCAACAGCAUGGCAGAGGAAGCGAAGAAGAAGGCCGGUAUUGAUACUCAAACUCCACUUGAGGCACUGGGUCUUUCUCUGAGUGGUGGCGAGCAAAAGGAAGGUCAGCGUAAGGUCAUCGAUGGAAUGAAGGGAACCUUUCCGUAUGUCAGCAAGAAUUAUCACAUGUGCACUGAUACAUAUGGAGCCAUCGCCACUGCUUGUAAAGCUGGAGGCAUAGUGCUAAUCUCUGGUACUGGUUCGAACUGCCAGCUGAUCAAUCCUGAUGGAACGGUCCAUGGCUGCGGAGGAUGGGGUCAUAUGCUUGGUGAUGAAAGCUCAGCGUAUUGGAUAUCACAGAAAGCUGUUAAGACUGUCUUUGAUGCUCUAGAUAAUCUAGCACCACCACCGCAUGACAUAGCAUACGUUAAAAAAGCCAUGGAGGAAUACUAUGGGAUUUCUGAGAGAUUUGGCCUUUUAGACCAAGUUUAUACCAACUUCGACAAAUCAAAGUUCGCUGGCUUCUGCAAGCGGCUAUCCGUAGGAGCUCGAGAUGACGCCGACCCUCUGUGUCUAUGGCUGUUUCACGAAGCAGGAAGACUACUAGGGAGGCACAUCGUAGCUGUAUCUCCAAAGAUAGAUAAGACACUGUUAAAUGGUGAAGGUGGAUUGAGGAUCGUCUGUGUUGGAUCUGUUUGGAAAAGCUGGGAUCUAUUAAAGGAAGGUUUUCUGGCCGGCUUAGCGAGACCUGACGAUUCUUACCCAGACAUCCAGGAAUUCACUCUACUCAAGCUGAAGGAGUCCUCGGCCAUUGGGGCAGCCAGGCUAGGAGCCCAGGUCCUCGACUUCGACCUCCAGGUCGACUACGAAUCCACUGUUGACGUCCUCUACCAACACAAACCAUAAAUUCCGGACAGUCCUAUUGAUAUUUAUAUUUAGGUAGAUGAAAUCGAUAUUUAUACGUCCAUGUGAACAUGUAUGUCAGUUGUGAAAGUCUGUCUUUGCGCAGUGUUUUUUGUGUAUGAUGUAUUCUUGCACUCAUCAUUACGCAUUGCAUAUGAGAAAUAUGUGGUAUUGAUACCCAGCUGCCAGUACUAAUGUAAAACGUUCUUUUUUCUUACAUGUGAGUAUCAAUAUUAGUGUUUUUAAAAGUGGUUUGUGGUCUAUUCCUUAUAAGGGAGUUCUAACCCCGAAAUAUGUUUAUUUCGAAUGAAAGAGAAAAUCAAAUUUGAAGAAGCAAAAGUUGAAAUUAUUGGAAUUGGAUGAAAAGGAUGAAAGAAAUCAUAUCAAGAAACUGCAUUGUUUGAAAAAUAUGGUGUCAUGAUGGGCAGGACUGUCAACAUAUUAGGUAACUAUUAAGAACUAUUAAACUGCAGAUAAUAUAGCAUAUAUGUAUAUUACCAAAUUUUCUCUUUUAUAAGUUUUAAGAAUGAGCCUAUGUCUGCCAACUUGGUAAAAUGUGAUGUCAUAACUUGCCCCUAGAAUAAUAAUGAUUAUAAGUAGAAAUAGUGGAUAUUAAAAAAACCAUCUGGUUUGGUAGAUUGUACAUAUGCCAUCUAGUCCUGGGUAUCUUUGGCAUAUGCCACAACGGGUAAUGACACUAUAUGAAACUGUGGCCAGUAAAAAAAUGAUGUAUUUCAUGCCAUCUAUAGAACCUCAUAAAUGUCACACUAGAAUCAUUCUGUUGCUAUCUAUAUCAGAAAUAACUUAUCAAUUCUAUACUUAUCAAUUUUUGUUUUACCAUUGUGAGUUAUUCUCUUUACUCUGAACUUAACAGUCGACAGUACAUGUAGUAGUGAACUGUAGAUGGAAAUAUUACUUUAGGCUUGAUGCAAAUCCUUUGCAAUAAAACUCAUGGAAAGAUAGAGAGACUCUCACCAGGGGUGGCAAAAGAGGGGUGGGGCUGGGUGGCAUUUCUGGCCCAACCCCCCCCCCCCCCCCAAAAAAAAAAAAAAAAAAGACGAAAAGAGGAAAAAGAAAGAAAAAAUAUUUUGGAGAGAAUAUGGCAUAAUUUUUUUUUUUUUUCGCCACACAAUUUGCAUGCAAAUAAGUUAUCUCAAUUGGCAUUCCACAUGCAGCUUUUAACAGAGCUGUAGCUUAAGCCGGCAAAGCUGAAAGGGGAAAUUCAACCUGAUGAAAAAGUUUGUUGUAAAUAUAAAUUAAGAUAUAAAGAUAAAGAAAGUUAUUAGAAUUGAAAGAUUUUUGCUGUCCGAUAUGUUAUGUACUAUAAAAUGCAUGAAUUUCACGUUUGUAAUGGUUCGUGAUGACUCUUUUUUUUUCAGGAGCGGGAAUGAAAUCAUUUUUCUAAUGAUAUACUAAAGGCACAAUACCAGUUUACUGAGAAAACUAUGUAUUGAUAUUGUACCGUACGAUAUGUGGGAAAGCUGCUCGCAUAUGACGUCAUAAAUCAUAAAGAUAAAAUUCUUAAUAACUUUUUUAAUUCUCUGAUGGGUUUUCCUCAAACCUUCAUGAAUAUUUUAUAUUUUUUCUACUUUUUUUACAAUAAACUUUUUAUCAGGGUGACUUCCCCUUACAGUCACAAUUAAGUGAGCACGUGUGCAUAGCUGCUGAAAGCUGGAUGGGCACAGUCGCUUCAGAAGUGUCGGGGGGGGGGGGCAGGUUCAUUCUAUAAUACUCUUUGAUAACCAGUGGUGUACGUGUGGAAUGUAUUAGACAUUAUUUCGUGCAAAUGUUACACUAUUUUUUUAUGAUUUGUGACAUCAUCUGCGAGCUGCUUCCUCAUAUGUCUUGUAGUAAAAAAAAAAUCAAUGAAAAUGUCAUCUCAACAUUUGAAAAUGUUUCUUAUCUAAGGUACCUUCAGUAUAUCGACAUACAAAACAUAUCACACCAGUUCCUGAAAUUAUUAUUCUUACAUUGUACUUGUUCAUGGUUCUUGUGUAGUAUUUAUAUAAAUUUCUAAAAAAUCUCAUUUUUUCCAUUGUAAAAGAGAACUGUUGCUCGGCUAGCGCCAUGAGCGUCUACUGACGGUGUGCGCGCUCUACAAAUAUACACUAUUAUUAUUAUUAUUAUUAAUAAUAUUGCUAGUCAUCAUAAACCAUUAAACAGAUUAAAAUCUAUGCAUUUUAUGUUGAUGGGGCAGUUGUAUGAUGUCACAAAUAAAAAGAAAAUUAAGUUCAAAUAACUUUCUCAAUCUUUAAUGGAUCUUCCUCAAACCUUCAACAGUUUUACCACUUUUGCUUGUAUUUUUACAACAAACUUUUCUUCAGGAGAAGAAUGAAUGGUGAACUUCCCUUUAAAUUGUUUUGACUGUAGACAUAAAAUCAGGACCGUUUUUCAUUCUCACUUGCAUGUUGCAAAGCUCCGAUAUUCUAGAUGUUGGGACAGUACUGUAUACUAUUGACUGCCUACAAGCUUCAAGCUGAUUUUCAAAUAAUGCAAAUGGUUUUAUAUACCUUUGAUACCCAGUUUUCACCCUUGAUUAUUGUAUUAACCAAGUUACAUAUCUUGUGUAAACAAGUUCGAGGAAGGAAUAAAUCGGGGGCCUUGGAACCCCCCCCCCCACAAACUUUUAUCAAUAUAGUCAUCCCUUUUCAAAACCAUUCCGCGGCCCCUGGUUAUCAUAAAUUAAGGCUAAAAAAAAAAAUGCAGCUACAUGUAUCCAGAUGUCUUGUUAAGUUGUUUAAUUUGUAUGGAUCAUUCCGUAUUAUUUGUAAUUAAGGAAAUGUGUUGAAUUGACUUCAAGACGUUUCCCAAUUUCUAGUGAUUUAUUUUUUUAUCAUAGGUAAAUAUAUAUUUUUGUAAUUUUCAUGAUAUGUAUAUCAUUGCCACUUGAAACUAUUCAUUUGAAUGAGUUUUUUAUAUUUUCAUUUGUUAGUGUCUUGAUGGCACUUCAUUGUGAGCAAGCAGCAAAUAUAUUUGUGAAAUAUAAUACCGCAAAACCUGU